CAACCCUUUUCAUCAACAAUUCUAUCAAACUCCCCUUUCAACCGCUUCACCAACCUGUCCACCAACAAUGCUUCGCCUUCCGAUCCACCGUCUCCAAAGAACCCCACAAUCGCCAGUCUUGGCAUAACCUUCCCAGUUUCCAGCGCUGCUCCAAAUCUCCAACUCUGGUCCCGCGUCUUACCGAGCCUGCCAGUCUGCGCCUGACGAACGCUUUCACGAUACGAUGUGACAGGUCUACCUAAUUUCAGUUCGGCUCGACACGAAGGGACUUUGACACGAACCUCCUCCUCAUCAUCCGACUGGCUUGAUAAGCAUCCGAUUGGCCGCACGGGUCCUUGCCAGCAGUGCUCACGAGCGUCAUCGCCCUGCCAUGGCAUCACAUAUGAUCUCCAUCGGCGGGCUCACACUUCACCUACCUGCUUCGCCAACACCAACUCUCCAUCCAGACACACCAUGGCUUCAACACCACCUCGCCCCGCAAAGGUUUCCCAACGAGCGCAGGAUGUGAUCCGCACAGCCGGCAACAACCUCAUCUGGGACGUGUUGAAAGACCCCUGGGGCGCGACGACCAACCCGAACGGCUACGUCAACGUCGGAGUGGCCGAGAACCCGCUGAUGCACGAGACGCUGCUAGAACACCUCAACCGCAGCGUGGAGCUCCCCGCCAAAUACCUCACCUACAAUGACGGUGGUAGCGGAUCCGUACGACUCCGCCGCGCAAUGGCCGGCUUCCUCAACCGGAACUUCCACCCGGCCGUGCCCGUGCAGGACGACCAGCUGAUCGUCACGAACGGCGUCUCCCCGGCCAUCGAGCACAUCUCCUGGACCUUCACCGACCCCGGGGAGGGGAUCCUCCUGGGCCGUCCGUUCUACGGGACGUUCGUGCCCGACCUCUCGCUGCGGUUCGGGGCGUGCGUGGUGCAGGUCGCCUUCGACGACUGCGACCCAUUCAGCCUCGGGGCCGUCGACAAGUACGAGCAGGCCCUGUUGCAGUUUCAGCGCGAAACCGGCCGGAAGGUCAAGGCGCUGAUGCUCUGCCACCCGCACAACCCGCUCGGCCGGUGCUAUCCGCGGCCCGUGCUGGUGGCGCUGAUGAAACUCUGCCAGAAGUAUGGGGUGCAUUUUGUCAGCGACGAGAUCUACGCGCUGUCCGUGUGGGAGAACACCGUCGAUGAACUUCCCGCGCCUGUGGCGUUCGAGUCCGCGCUCUCGAUCGACCUGGCUGGCAUCAUCGACCCGACCCUCGUGCAUGUGCUCUGGGGCCUGAGCAAGGACUUUGGCGCCAACGGACUCCGGAUGGGCGUGAUCAUCUCGCAGUGCAAUCGCGAUGUGCACACCGCGCUAGGCGCUAUCUCCCUCUACUCGUACACCUCCGGGACGGCCGACCACCUGGCGGCACGGCUGCUCGAGGAUGUCGAGUUCACGGAUAAGUACAUCGUCGCGAACCAAGCGAAGCUGGCCCAGAUGUAUGCAUACGCAGCGCGUCGUCUGCAGGACUUGGGGAUCGAAUAUGCGCCUGGCUGCAACGCUGCGUUCUUCCUGUGGGUGAACCUGGGGAAGCGGUUUGUGGAACUACACCCCGAAGAGGCGGGAGGUGCGGUGGGCGACAGGGUGAUGCAGCGGUUGGUGCAGGCGAAGGUGUUCCUCGCCAGUGGAGCGCUGUUUGGUUCGGAGCGGGAUGGGUGGUUCCGGAUUGUGUUCACGCACCCGAUAGAAUACCUGGAGUUGGCGUUCAAGAGGAUAGAUGCUGCGUUGAAGAAGCGGGACGGAACCAUCACUUGUUAACUUAGCCCUCAUCGUGACGGUAUGCCAACACAGACAACCUC